AUGGGUGGUAUUGGCUUUAAGGAGGGGGCUAACUGGAACAAAGUGCUAAUAGCUAAAUUUUUUUGGGCUGUUUCUUCUAAGCAAGACAUUCUGUGGGUGAAAUGGAUUGAUUCCAUUUAUCUUAAGGGGCAGAAUUUUUGGGAUUACAAAGUCCAACAGGAUGUGAGCUGGUAUUGGAGGAAGAUAGUCAAUAUGAGAGUUGUUUUUCCAUCAAAAAUCCUGGAUGAGGCAGCCAAGAGCAACAAGAUUAGUUUGAGAGCUGUGUAUAACAGGAUGCUUAAUAAGGAUAGAGUUUCUUUUGCAAAUGUGGUUUGGUGUACUAUAGAUUUGCCUAAACAUAGGUUUAUUUUGUGGCAAGCCACUCUUGGUCACCUUCUCACCCGUGACAAGUUACAUUUUUGUCAGCUGAAGUUGUCUUCCUUACUCUGCCCAGUUUGUGAAGAGGAGCAGGAAUCUCAUUCCCAUCUAUUUUUUGCUUGUCCUUUUUCUCAACAGGUUAGAUAA